AUGCCUGUCGAGCAGCUUCCCCCGUCCCUCCACCGCGGGUUUAAUUCACCCUUCGAGACAAGCGACGCUCAAAGGAUUCUCCAUGGCAUGUCAUCCGCCCUCGCCUAUCUUGCGGACCGGCGGGUCAUCCACAAUGACAUCAAACCAGCCAAUAUCGCCUAUUCGCCUGAGCGCGGCGCUGUUCUUCUCGAUUUCGGACUAGCUACGACGAUCGAUGAGAAGGAGCUGCCCGGCGGCACUUCUUGGUAUGUCCCGCCUGACCUUAUUGUACAACGGACACGAGGGACCCCAGGCGACGUAUGGGCUUUGGGUGUCACAAUGCUCUAUGUGCUGGGAAAUAUUACUCUUCCGGAGAAGACAACAAAAGGUUGGCUCAUCCGUAACGUGACAAAUCGACACGGGGAAGCUCUUGUUGGGCUGGCUCGAUAA